AUGGUGACAGUAAAUUGGGAUUUGGUGUUCGGGGCGAAUUUGUACAGGGCCACAGCUAUCGAUGGCACCGGCGCCUCCCUUAACUGUACCUCGUCCUCCACCAGCUGCCAGAUCACAAUGCUCCUUUGUGGUGAGAAAUACCAUGUCCAUGUCACGGCCAUCUCUGAUGACUGUGAGAGCAUCUCCAACUCAACCUCCAUGUUCGAGACAGUCCCCUGUGCCCCCGCUAAUCCUACAGCCAGUCAUGAUUGCUCCAGCAACCACAUCAAGUUUAGCUGGCAGCCCACCAACAACACCUUAUCCUAUAUGGCAACCGCUGUGGAUAACAAUGGAAAAAUAAUUUACUACAGGGGAGUAGAUGAAUACUGUUACUUCACUAAUGUGGGCUGCGCUCCCUGUCAUCCAACAAAUAUAAAGACAUCGUCUGAUUGUCUCGCUGACCAGCUGAUCACAACCUGGGACUCUGCUGCUGGAGCUUUUUCCUACACUGUAGAAGUGCAGGGUAACACCGGAGACCCCUUAAACUGCACCACCUCCUCCACCAGCUGUGCUGUACAUGGGGUGCCAUGUGGUGAACAUCUCAGUGUGUGGCUCAUUGCCUCCAAUGACAACUGCUCCACUGAGAAGGUGCUGGGACAAGCUGCUCAGACUGUUCCCUGUACCCCCACCAAUGCCUCAGUGGCAGUUGAAUGUAGCCAAGAUUCUGCAAGAGUAAACUGGACACAGAGCAUCGGCUCUGUGUUCUACAUCGCCAUUGCUGAGUCUACAGAUGGACAUUCACGCAGCUGUUAUUCAUUUGGCACCAACUGCUUGAUUGAAGGCCUAAGAUGUGGACAGAAUUACACAGCCAGCGUCAUCGGCACAAAUACAAGGUGCAACAGUAGCAACAGUGAGCAGGUCACGUUUAUGACAGGUCCUUGCCCUCCAACCAACAUUCAAUCGUUCAGAGACUGCGAUGCCAACCAGGCUCUGAUAGUCUGGCAGGACCAUACGUCCACAGGCCACUACACAGCAGUCAUAGAGGAUCAGAGUGGGGAUCGGCUCAACUGCACCAGCAACACAGUCAGCAACUGUAAAAUCUACGAUCUGCCCUGUGGAAAGAGAUACAACGUCACUGUCAGCCACAGUGAUGGAAACUGUCUGUCUACCUCAGCAUCAGUCAGCAUGGAUUCAGUGCCAUGCAAGCUUGAGAAUGUGAAUGCCAGGGUGGCCUGUGUUACUGGUGAGCUGACAGUCACCUGGGACAUCUCAGCUCCUGCAGAUAACUACUCCGCCAUCAUCACCAGGGGAAUGGGUGAGCGUCUGUACUGUAACUCCACAGAGUCACCGUGUACCAUGCCAGGCUUGUUGUGUGGGAGCUCCUACAUGGUGACCGUCUUCUCCAUCACGGGGACAUGCUUUAGUCUGCCGAGCACAGCGAUCACAGUGAGAACAUUGUCAUGUCCUCCCACAAACAUCACAACCCAGCACACAUGUGCUCCGGAUCCGGUUCCCGUGUCGUGGGAGGCUAGUCAAAGUGCCCAGGACUACACUGCUGUCGCUGUGAGUAGCGGAGGACACAGGUCAGAGUGCACGACCAACGAAACUUCCUGCAGCCUCCCUGGACUCCAGUGUGGGGAGGUUUACAGCAUUGGUGUUUCAGGAGCUGUUGACAACUGUAUGGGCCCACAGAGUGACACCGUUUUGUUGAACACAGAGCCAUGUUCUCCCGAAAAUGUGUCCAGCCAGUUGGACUGUAGCGCUGGCAUCGCUCAGGUGUCCUGGGCACCCAUGGCCAAUGCAAUAAUGUAUGUUAUGAAAGCCACCGUCAACGGACAGAUCUUCACCUGCAACAACCCAAGCCCCAACUGCACACUGAAUGACCUGAUCUGUGGCCAGGAGUACAACAUUGUUGUGACUGCCACUGAUGGCACCUGUGUCAGCAGAUUUAGUGCCCCCUACAGACAAGAUGAAGUGCCAUGUGCUCCAUCGAAUGUCACUACAAAUCUGGUAUGUGGCACCAAUGACUUGACGGUCAGCUGGGAUUCUUCUGCUGUGCCCCUUAACUACACUGCCAUUGUCGUGCCGUCGGAUGGAUCUAUUAGCCCAGUCACGUGCAACACUAACCUUACCAGCUGUAGUCUGAAUGGACUUCAGUGUGGACAGACUUAUAAUGUCUCUGUCAAAGCUUCCUCUGGCAGCUGCUGUGGACCAUACAGCCACACAAGGGCAGUUCAGACAGCACCCUGCUCCCCUCAGAACCUAACAGCAGUGUCAGAGUGUGGCACAGACUCUCUCCUGGCCUCCUGGAGCGCCUCUCUUGGAGCUACCUCCUACACAGUGACAGUGACAGGGCCCAACGGUUUCUCUGAAUCCUGCUCCUCAUCAAACCUCAAUUGUUCCAUCUCCGGCCUGCAGUGUGCCAGUCAGUACAACAUCGCUGUGACAUCCCAGAACAGCGAUUGUGCCAGCUCUCCCACUCAAACUGUUAUGACGACAGGACCAUGUGACCCUGUCAACGUGACCAGCAUCCUCCAUUGUGGCUCAGACACGGCCACAGUGUCCUGGGAAGCUGCUGCCGGGGCUGUGUCCUACACUGUGCUUGCUCAGGAGGACGGCUCUCAGCAUUAUACUUCCUGUUGGAGCACUACAACUUCCUGUCAGCUGGAUCAGCUGCAGUGCGGAGGAGUUUACAACCUGACUGUGAUAGCUGAGGGAAGCAGCUGUAACAGCACUGGAAGCAUCAGUGCAACCCUAAUGACAGCUCCUUGCUCUCCCUCUAUCCAGACCAGCACCCUGAUCUGUGGCACCAGUUCUGCCUCUGUGUCAUGGCUGCCAAUGGCCCAUGCAACAGGUUAUGUAGUUAAUGCCACAGCAAACGGGCACAAAGUUUCGUGCAGCUCAGUGAAUACUGCAUGCACCCUAACAGAUCUCCAAUGUAGUGAAACCUACAUGACCACAAUUAUUGCACAGGGAAGCAGGUGUGACAGUGCACCUAGCACCAGCACCAGCAUUACCACAUGUCUGUGUGCUCCCAGUAAUGUCACUGUGUCUCCAGCAUGCGAGGACAGCAUUGUCUCGUGGUCUAAUGUGACAGGGGCUGAGAUGUUCGUGGCAACAGCAACUACAGAUGGCCACAGUCAUACUUGCAGCUCAAAUGAUUCCAACUCAUGCAAUUUCACUGACCUCCACUGUGGGGAUACCUAUGCUGUGACUGUUGUAACUGUGGACAGGGGAUGCCAGAGUGAGCCGAGCUCAGCCGUGCCGCUGAAAACAGCUUUAUGUCCAGCUACUAACUUGACUGGCCAAGCCAACUGUGAUGCCAACACACUGACCCUCACAUGGGACCAGAGUCCAACGUCCGGGGUCACCUACAGUUUACAAACUGAGAGAACAGGCAGCGGAAUCUCUCCUACAGACUAUAUCACCCCCAAUACGUCACACACUCUGACCAACCUGCUGUGUGGACAGAGAUAUGCUUUCCGCAUCGCAGUACAGGAUGGAGCCUGCCGCAGCAGUUACAGCCCACCCAUAGAAAUAAGCACAGUCCCAUGUCAGCCAACCAACUUCACUGCUCAUGUGGACUGUGGGACCAACCAAGGAAAUUUCUCCUGGUCUGAGACUAGUGAGGCAGGUUUCUACACUGUUGAGGUGACAGGAGAGCACGGCCACGUAGCAUCCUGUUCCUCCAAUGACACCUCCUGCGCUGUAAAACUUCACUGUGGACGGACAUACUCUGCUACACUGGUGGCUUCCACAGAAAGCUGCAACAGCAGCAAACAUGCCGACAUUCAUUUUGACUCCGCUCCCUGCCUCCUAGAGGAUGUCUUUGCUGAGGUGCAGUGUAACACCAACGUGAUGAAUGUGACUUGGACGCAGACCACAGGCUCAGACGAUUACACCGCCUGGGCCAUCAGCACUGAUGGACACAGAGCCUCCUGCAACACAUCAACAUCCAACUCUUGUUGCAUUAAUAAUCUGCUGUGUGGCAAGGUCUACGAGGUGGCCGUCAACUCCUCCUCCAUGCACUGCGAAGUCAUUGCUGGCUCUGACUACAAGGUUCAAUCUGCUCCUUGUAAACCAGAGAACAUCUCCAUUGACCAGAACUGUAGCAGCAAUGCCAUGACAGUAACGUGGAACCAGCGCAGCACAACGCAAAACUACACAGUUGAAGCCACGUCUGCUUCAGGUGUCAACUUCACCUGUGACUCCACUGAGAGCAGCUGCUGCUUCCUGGACCUGAGCUGUGGUCAACUCUACACUUUCACUGUGAUGGGAUACACUAAUGUGUGCAUGAGCGAGAUGAGCACCCCUGUACAGAAGCUCACUGCCCCAUGUCCUCCCACCAGUGUGGUAGCGACAAUAAACUGCACUACACAUAAUGCUCUGGUCAGCUGGAGUAGUGCAGCUGCAGCCACGGGUUAUAGUGUCCAGGCAACCACCACCAAUGGACACAACACCUCCUGCAGUGCGAUGGGCACAUCAUGUGACCUCAACAAUCUGGUCUGCGGACAGGAAUACUCAGUCGUUGUGGAGGCAAUGCAUUCUGGCUGCCCCGGCCCUGCCAGUGCCCCCACCACUCUGGUUACAGAGCCGUGUGCCCCCACAAACCUCACUGUCCACUACAAUGUGAGCACUGCCCAGGUGAUGUGGGGAGCUGCAAGCGGUGCCAGCUCAUACUCCGUCCAUGCUGUGACUGACCAGGGCCCGACAGUCACUUGUAACACCACCAACACCAACUGCUUCCUGAACGGCCUGCAGUGUAGUCACAUCUACAAUGUGACCGUGCUUGCACACAACCAGGCCUGCAACAGCGUGAUCUCUGAAACCUAUUGCCUCAACACAGAACCAUGCCCACCAACCAAUGUUCAAGCCAGUAUGGCAUGUGAACAACUUACUGCAACAGUCUCCUGGCAGCCGAGCAACCUCGCUGUGGGUUACGUUGCCUACUUGGACAACCAGAAUGGACUUGAAGCCUCCUGUGUUGGCACUGACACAGACACCUCCUGUGUUGUCUCAGGACUGACGUGUGGCACAGUGUACAACGUCUGGGUCAAGGCCUUGGGCGAGCAGUACAACAGCUCUGAUAGCACAGUGAUCACUCUCACAUCAGGACCUUGCCAGGUGAGCAACAUUGAGGCUGUUAUGAACUGUGAGGCAGACUCUGCUACCAUAUCCUGGCAGUCCAGCGUUGGAGCCGUGUACUAUGUUACUGAGCUUAGGGGUUUGUCAGGCAGCAUGACUAGCUGCACCACUAACCACACUAACUGUGAGCUGAGGCCCAUUCAGUGCGGCCAGGAAUACAAUGUCUCUGUGACGGCUGUCGGGGUAACUUGCAACAGCACUGCUCAAAUGGCAGGACACCUCACUACAGAGCCCUGUGUCCCCACGGACCUCACUGUCAACUACAAUGUGAGCACUGCCCAGGUGAUGUGGGGGGCUGCAAGCGGUGCCAGCUCAUACUCCGUCCAUGCUGUGACUGACCAGGGCCCGACAGUCACUUGUAACACCAUCAACACCAACUGCUUCCUGAACGGCCUGCAGUGUAGUCACAUCUACAAUGUGACCGUGAUGGCACAAAAUAUGGCCUGCAACGACACUGUGACUUCCGAACCAUAUUGCCUCAACACAGAACCAUGCCCACCAACCAAUGUUCAAGCCAGUAUGGCGUGUGAACAACUUACUGCAACAGUCUCCUGGCAGCAGAGCAACCUCGCUGUGGGUUACGUCGCCUACUUGGACAACCAGAAUGGAUGUGAAGCCUCCUGUGUUGGCACAGACACAGACACCUCCUGUGUUGUCUCAGGACUGAAGUGUGGCACAGUGUACAACGUCUGGGUCAAGGCGCUGGGGCAGCAGUAUAACAGCUCUAACAGCACAGUGAUCACUCUUAUAUCAGCUCCAUGUGUUCCCACAGAGAUAGAGGUCGAUGUUAACUGUAACUUUGACGGGGAUGCCGUCGUGUCCUGGAAUUCUACUUAUGGCACAGCAAACUUUUCCCUGACAGCGUCUGUCAGUGGUAAUCUUCAGACUUUGUGUGCAACUCAGCAGAACAGCUGUAAUGUGACAGGUUUAACUUGUGGGGAAACCUACAAUCUCAGCCUCACUGCCAGCAACACACAGUGCAGCCUCACAGUGCCGAUGCACACUAACCUCACCACACGUCCAUGUCCUCCACAGCAUGUAGCUGUCAAUCUGCAGUGUGGCUCCCGCACUGCAGUCCUGUCCUGGGAGGAGAGGUCUGAUGUUGAACUGUACAAAGCCAGAGCAAUCAAUGUAUUAGGAGGGGAGGUGCUGAUUUGUAACACUACAGGUGCUACCUGUCAGUUUUCCAGUCUGGACUGUGGAGAAACGUACAACUUUACUGUAACAGCUUACAGUCAAGGAUGCUGGAGCCAGGCCAGUAGCACCGUGUCCAUCCAAACAGAGCCUUGCCAGCCGGUUAUUGUGUCUGUUCAGGCUCCCUGUCAAAGUGCAGAUGUCCAGAUCUCCUGGCAACAAGCAAGUGGUGUUGUGAAUUACUUAGUAACAGCCAGAGGGAGCCUGGGAUAUGUGGAGAUCUACAGUAUAACCCAGACCCUUCUGUCAGCUGCUUUACCCUGCGGACAGGACUACAACGUCACUGUACAAGGACAAGGCAGCGAGUGUAACAGCAUCCCCAGCAGUCCUGCCUUCUUCAACACUACUCCAUGUAUCCCCCGUAAUGUGACAACCUACCUACAGUGUGAGUUAAAUGUGGGCUCCGUCAGCUGGGAGCCCAGCGAUGGCGCUGAAACAUACAUUGCUGUGGCAACUGGGCUUGAUAACCACACCCACCCUUGUCUCACCAACACCACCUCCUGCACCUGGAAUGACCUGCACUGUGGAGAACAGUACACUGUUGUAGUGAAAGCAAUUGAUGGCACCUGCACCAGCCUGCCCAGCAACAGCACUGUCAUCUACAUGGAUCCUUGUGUGCCACAGAAUUUAUCUCCCACAGUGAACUGCAAUACGGAAGUCGUUUCUCUGAGCUGGGAUGCCUGUAACUGGACAAAUUCGUACACAGUAUCAGCCGCAGUAGGAGACGCAAUCAUAAUCGCUGUGGUCACCACUAAUGACACCACAGCUGAUUUCUAUAACUUCACCUGUGGAACAAACUACAGCCUUAUAGUGGCACCUCUCAGCCAGCACUGUCAUGGCAUCUCCAGUGCACCAGCCUUUAUUCAGACAUGGCCGUGCCCACCUGUGGGAAUCUUUACCAGGCUGGAUUGUCUCUCUGCCAACGUCAUGGUAUCCUGGCAGGCCAGUGACGGAUCAGACUACUACACAGCCACCCUGCAGAGUGACACUGGCUCCCCAGAAACCUGCUUGUCUGAGUCUAAUUCAUGCUCCAUACCGAGCCUGCCCUGUGGACACAACUUCUCUGUGUCAGUCACAGCCUCCAACGAGCAAUGUAACACUACCUCCAGGGAAACCACAAGUCUGCAGUCAGUGCCAUGUGUUCCCACUAAUGUCUUAGUAGUGGUCAACUGUGCCAACAACACCGCUGUUGUGUCGUGGUCUGCCAGUCGGGGUGCUGUGCAGUACUCAGUGAGAGCCCUCAGUAAUCAUGGCAACGACAGCUGCCAGACCUCUGACCUCAGCUGUUGCCUUGACAACCUCACAUGUGGUACCAGCUACAGUGUUCAGGUAGCGGCUAUGGAUGAUAACUGCUCUAGUAUCUUCAGCCAGGCUGUGACAUUCAACUCAGCCGGCUGCUCGCCUCAAAACGUGAGUGCUGAGGUCAGCUGUUUGUCAAACGACAUGACGAUAUCUUGGGACGCGGUCAGAGAAGCAGACUACUUUUUGGUUUCAGUAAUUGCGGACGAUGGAGGAAUCAGCGAGACUUUGAACACCACAAACACUGCAGCCUCUAUCAGCAAUGUGACCUGCGGAAGAACAUUCAGUGUUCAGGCAACCUCGGUCAUAGGCAGCUGCAGCAGCCAGCACAGUCACACCGUCAGCGCCCUGUCAGCUCCCUGCCAGCCCCAGGGAAUCAGCGGUAGGAUCGACUGUGUGACCAAUUCUGCCUGGAUAUCCUGGAAUGCCUCUGCAGGAGCGGACUACUAUAUUGUGUCAGCUGUAGGUGGAGAUAACCUUACAGCCAGCUGCACCACUUCCACAAACACUACCUGUGAGGUGGAAGACCUGGCAUGUGGCGCACUUUAUAAUUUCACUGUUACUGCUUAUAACAGGCAGUGUGCGAGUAAGCCUAGUGCCAUCAUCCAGUUACAGACAGCCCCUUGCUCCCUCGCCAGUAUCACAGCGGUCCCUCAGUGCCACAAUUCCUCCAUCCUUGUCACGUGGGAUCUGAUGGACGGCGGCGAGUCAAACACUGUGUAUAGAGUCACGGCAGAAGCCAGGGACCAAACCUACCUAUCCUGCAACAGCACUGGCACUAGCUGCUACCUCUACGGAGCACAAUGUGACUUCCGGUACAGCAUCAUUGUAGCUGCUUCAUCAGACCAGUGCAGCAGUAUGAGAAGUCCACCAGUCAGAAUUAGCAUGGAGCCUUGUCCUCCGACAAACUUGGUGGUCAACGUCUCCUGUGAGGACAACAGUGCGCUGGUGUCCUGGAGCCCCUCUCCUGUUGCUGAAACCUACCAUGCUGUUGCUAUGGCUGCUGACGGACACGUGCAUACUUGCAAUACUACCUCCAAUAGCUGCAGGAUCUUAGAUCUCCACUGUGACGAGCAGUAUGUAGUCUUUGUGACGGCCAGCCACGAGAACUGCACCAGCCAGGCCAGUCAGAAUGUCACAAUCAACACAGGUCCCUGCAAGCCUGUUGGUCUCGCGGUUAUGUAUUACUGUAACAAUCAGUCUGCUCGGCUGUCAUGGACGUCAAGAGAUAACACUGAAGACUACUAUGGCUGUGCCCAGGCUGCAAAUGGAGACAUGUUGUACUGUCACAGCACAGAUCCCACCUGUACUAUCCAGGGUCUUGAUUGUGGAACAGUUUACAAUUUCUCUGUCCAGGCCUCAGAUGGGACCUGCAACAGCUCCUUCAGUGACCCAGUGCAGAGUGGAGCAGUUCCCUGUCCUCCAGACACUUUGGAGGUGCAGCUGUUACCAGUACUUAUGGAGAUUCAGCUAUUUCACUUCAGCUGGUCACAGAUCACCUGUAACAACACAGAGUACAUGCUGAAGUUAACAGGAAGUCUGCAUGGAGACAGUUCGAGACAGUUCGACUUCUCUUCCUACUGGACAAGUGUGACAUACUUUGAGAUGCCUCUCCCCUGCGGUUCAAACUACAGUGCUACUGUGACGAGCAGGAACGCUGCUGGUACCAGCGACCCGUCUGUGCCUCUCAUUGGAAUAACAGCUCCUUGUCCACCAACUGGAGUGGUAUACGACGGUAACAGCUCCUUUGCCAGGAUAACAUGGAAUGCGGCUGCGUUUGCCACAACAUACAGGGUGUACGACAGCGGUGUUACUCCACAAGUCCUGCUGUGCAACACUACAGGGCUGACCUGCUCUCUGUCCAACAUCUCUUACACUGAGCUGGUGAUCACAGCCUGCAACGCAGUCGGAGAGAGUCUCCCACAAAAUAUCACGAUAGUGACAACACAGGGACGCAGGAGGAGAGAUGUUGGUGAACAAAUGCCAGAUAGUGCAGGAGGUCUCGUGGCUCCCAUGCUGGAAGUCACACAAGGGAUGGGAACAAUGACUUUGGCUGAGUGGUCUCAGGUAGAUGCUGCUUCCCAUUACAGCCUGAUCAUCAAGCAGCAAGGCAGCUCAAGUACGCCUCAGGAGCUGAUAGUGUACGGCGAGAGGAUGAUUUUCACCGAUCUGAGCCCGAACACGAUCUACUGUUUGACAGUGUCGGCCAUGAACCUGGACACUAGUGGACCAGAGUCCGAGCCUGUGUGUGUCCAAACAGGACAAUAGGAAAACACGUGUCUGCACACGACUCCCGAUUCUAAUGUGAUGAUCUUACUGUCUAAGCGGCAACGCUUAUGACCUUAAGAAAUAUUUUUCCAGUUACCGAUAACACUCAAUAACUUUAGAUGUGGAAGAACAUGGGGAUUAUGGGUUAUUAACAUUUUAUUUCUGCUACCUUUUCAUGAGUUGCACAAUUUGUUGCCUGUUAAAGUGUAAUACAAGACGCAUCAAAUAACAACCUUUGCCAUAAAGAUGCUUAAGCUUUUCUAUUCGACGCUUGAGGUAAAUCUUUUAUCUGCUGUUGGUAGAGGUUAUAUAUUUUAAUCC